CGACAAUGGCAAAUACACAAGUAACAGCACUUACAGCGACAAUCUCGGCACCCUUCUUUCAUCGCUCUCCUCGAACAUAAACGACACCGGUUUCUACAGCGCUUCGGUUGGUCGAACCGAGGCGUCGACACAGCCUACGCCAUUGCUCUCUGCCGAGCCGACAUAAAUCUCGACAUGUGCCGUGCUUGUGUCCGAAACGCUACCGUGGAUAUCUUGGAUUCGUGCCCGAACCUGAACAAGGCGAUUCUUUGGGCGGAAUUCUGCACGUUACGAUACUCGAACGAACCCAUAUACCGGGUCACCCCCACGGGUAGUUACUUCUUCAGCAAGCUAGAGGGGACUGGAGUUUCGAACCCCGAUCAGUUCAGGCAGGCACGCGGGCUGCUGAUGGACGGCCUCCGCGAGGAGGCGGCUUCCGGCGGCAAUCUGAUGAAGGUUGCCGCCGGGAACCGUACCGUGUCGGAUUUCCAGACGAUAUUCGCGCUGCUGCAGUGUACGCCGGAUAUAUCUUCCGAGGAAUGCGAUGCUUGCUUGGUCGAGGCCGAUCGACAGAUCUCGGAAUGUUGUGAUAGUGGUGGGUCGGUGAAGAUUCUAACCAUCAGCUGUAAUCUUCGGUACGAGAUUGGACCGUUUUACAAUAUAAGUAGGAUUCAGGAAGCACGAGCGAUUAUAUCGCCACCGCCGCCACCGCCGCCAGUACCGACAGUACCUGCACCUGCACCUGCACCUGCAGAUUCAUCUGAUCCACCUAUGCCACUAUUGGCUUCUCCUCCACCUAUGCCACUAUUGUCUCCUCCUCUCCCAGGAAACGCUUCUGACGAUAAUACAAACGGGGCUGUCAUUAUCAUCAUUGUUGUUUCGGUAGUUGGUGCUUGCAUCGGCGUCUGUCUGAGAAAGAAAAUAUUUACGAAGAAGCCAGACGACGAUGAUAACAGCUCAGAAUUCCAAAAAUAUGAUUUUGCCACAAUUCGUGCUGCAACUGAUAAUUUCUCUAUUGCUAACAAAUUGGGGCAAGGAGGAUUUGGUGUUGUGUACAAGGGAAAACUUAAAAAUGACGAAGAAAUAGCAGUGAAAAGGUUGUCCAUGCGUUCGCAACAAGGAGAUUCGCAAUUCAAUAAUGAAGUGUUGUUAGUUGCAAAACUUCAGCACAGGAAUCUGGUUAGGCUCUUAGGAUUUGCGCAGGAAGGGACUGAAAGACUUCUUGUAUAUGAAUUCGUUGAGAACGGAAGCCUAGAUCGUUAUAUUUUUGAUCCGACGAGACAUUGUGAGAUUGAUUGGAAAAUGCGCCAGAAAAUCAUAGAGGGUAUUGCGAAAGGACUUGUUUAUCUGCACGAGGACUCUCGUUUACGUGUUAUUCACCGUGAUCUAAAAGCUGCUAACAUCCUACUAGAUGCUGAAAUGAACCCUAAAAUAGCUGAUUUUGGGUUGGCAAGGUUGUUUCCACGAGACGAAAGUCUAUUAGGUAAUACCGGUACAAUUGUUGGAACCCGGUAA